AUGCACCGGCGACAGCUGGAGGGUUCCGAGAAGACUCUUGGACCAGACCACCCGAGCACCCUAACAAGUCUCGGCAACCUAGCCAGUGUGUUAGAAUCGCAAGGAAAGUACGAUGAAUCAGAGGCGAUGAAU